AACUUAUCAAAUGACGAGCGGGUCAUCGUUAAUCCAAAGUUAACGGUUCAAUCCAUAUUUCAUUGGUUUUAUUUGUCCAUCAACAUUGGAGCACUCUCACCGAUGAUUACCACCAACAUUGAAAAAUAUCAUUCAUAUUGGUUGGCUUAUCUAACCCCGUUGAUAAUGUUCGUUAUUGCGAUCAUGAUUCUCAUAUUCGUUAAUAAGAAGCUAAUUAAAGAACCACCACGUGGAUCGGCGUUGUUAAAUUUUUUUUUCGUGUUGAGAGUCGCCUUCGCACGUGAUCGAAAUUUGGAGAACGCAAAACCGUCGAACAUCCCACAGGAAUACAGCGCAAAGCAUCGAAUCACAUGGAAUGAUGAGUUCGUGGACCAAGUAAAGGUCGGACUGCAAGCGUUAAAGGUGUUCAUUCUCUUUCCAUUUUAUUGGGUUUGUUAUACGCAGAUCCAUAAUAAUUUGAUCUCGCAAGCGGCCACCAUGCGUGUUGGAAAAAUACCAAAUGACAUUAUGAACAAUUUGGAUCCUAUUGUUUUGAUCAUUUUUACGCCGCUUGCAAAUCACGUUUUAUAUCCGUAUCUUCAACGACUUGGAAUCACCCUUCGACCAAUAACGCGUAUUUUCAUAGGAUAUAUGUUAAUUACCGCGGCCAUGGUAUAUUCGGCCAUCGUCCAAAAUAUGAUAUACAAUACUGGUCCGUGCUAUAUUAAUACUCGGUGUACGAUCAAUAAUGUACAGGUACCGAACGAUAUCAGUGUUUGGUGGCAAUCUCCAUCUUAUAUCUUGAUCGGAUUAUCGGAAAUUUUUACUUCUAUAACUGGUCUAAAUUACGCGUACAACAAGGCACCUGAAUCCUUAAAAUCUACCGUGACUGCAAUUUUUUUGAUUACCAGCGCUUUUGGUGCAUUACUUGGACUCGCAAUAGUACCUCUGUCUAGGGACCCCUACCUGGUUCUCAUGUAUGCGCUGUUGGGAGGAUGUUCUUUCAUCACUGGGUGCUUAAUGCUAUAUUUCUUUAAAAAAUACGAUGAUGAAGAGGCGGAGAGUGAGAAGAUUAUCGUGAUCAGAUAA